ACACAGCCAGCCUUGGACGCCUUCUCCUGAUCCCUGCUCACUGAUCUGCCAAAUGCACAGAGUCUGCUCAACAUGCUGAUAUAUUAUAAGCUCGCAGUCGCCUGAUCACUUCGACUGCUUGCACUCCACCUACUCACCUCCCACCUCUCACAAUCGUAGACCAUAUCCACGAUGGCGAACCAAUCUGGACUAUGGCAGAAGCGCGUGCUUGUGCCGUUCUGGAUCGUGCGAAUCUGCAUCAUGCUGUUUCUUAUUGGAGUUUACGCAUAUGCGCUCCGAGCAGUUGAUGGUCUCGGGCAGCUCGCAAAGCCGGCUAUUGCGAGCAUUAUAGUCUUCCUGCUCUUCAUCGUCAUCUGCCUACUCAUCGACAUCCUUGCUAUCGUGCUGUUCAUGCGCGACGCGCUGAAGCCCGGGACAUUCCUGACCAUGAAUUGUUUCCAGACCGGUUUCUUUGGGGGUAUCUUAAUCAUGGAUCUUGUAGCUGUUGUGAAAGGAACUAGCUCGGCUGGCAUUGGAUUCAGCGUCUUUAUCUUCUUUUCCUUCCUAAGCCUCCUCAUCUACUCGGCGGUCGGCUACCACCGCGCGAAGAAGCAAGCCCAGCGAGGCAACUAUGCUGCAGCACAUAACCCAGCCAUGUACAAUCCCGCUGUACCCACCGCAUACCCCCCGCAGUAUCAGGUUCCUUCGCCUUAUCAAGAGACUGCAAAUCACGGGCAGAAAGCUGCGCCCAUCGAGCUUCAGCACGAUCAAUACCUGCCACCAUACCAGGCGCAUGACGCAACAACCGACUAUCACAAUCAGCAACCGCUAAAACCAGCGCACAUGGCCUAACUGCAAUAGUCACACAGAUCUGACAAAUGACCAC